GAACGAGGACAAACAGAGGAACGUGAUCAGGAUGCACCACCGCACAAAAUCACAUGAACAAGACACGUGUUCUGAUUCAUUGCUCCAAUCAGGAAGGGAUCCAGAGAUCCUCCACGUUAAUAAACCUGACUGUGACCAUUGAUCAGCGCCGUCGCCUCAUGUUCUCAUGUUUCAUGUGAUUCUUGCUGGUGUCAGUACAAACAAACUAAAAUCUAAAACUGGAAACAACCAUGAAGUUGUUUUUCUUGAGCAUCAAGUUCUUGAGCAGGUCAUCGUCUCUAACGUCUCCAUCAUGAAGCUCCUGAUGCUGUGUGCACUUCUCUACGUCGUGGCUUUGACCAGAGCUGCUGACAAAGGUGCAGACAAACAAGUGCAACAACCUGAUGAAGAUGUGUCUCAGCUGGAGAAGAGGACUACUUUCCGCUGUCCCAGGGGAUGGACCAAGUACAGUGGACGAUGUUUCCACUUUGUACCACGAUAUUUGCCUUGGGCUGAAGCCGAGAAAAACUGUCGGGCCAUGGGUGGACAUCUGGCGUCUCUGAGAAACAGGAACGAGUACUUUUGGGUCCAGCACUUGAUAAAUUAUUAUACUCACACAUCUCCAGAAACAUGGAUCGGAGGCUCCAGCCGUACAGGGGACACCACUUGGUUCUGGAGUGAUGGAACCAGCUUCACCUUCACCUUCUGGUGUCAAGGAGAACCAAACAACCCUGAUAAACAACACUGCUUGCAAAUGAAUUAUUCAGGCAAAAAAUGCUGGGAUGAUUUGCAGUGCGACAGACGACUUCCAUCUGUCUGCGUCAAGUAUCCAGUCAUACUUGUGAAGUUCCACGGCUGAAACAAAGACAUGCUUUAAAAAAGCAGCCACGACUGAUGCAUUUCUUUUUUUCUUCCUCUUUAGCUCCAGGAACAAAGAGACGUGAACGUAGGAGCUGCUUUGUUCCUGGUGGUUUCAUUAGAACAGCUUCAUUAUCUUCUGCUAUUCUGUCUGAAGCAAAAUUAAAAACUUUAAGCAUUGAAA